AUGCGGGAUAAAGUACGGAAGCUGGUGGCUUCUGGCCGAUUGGAGUUCAUGAGUACUGGGCAUGCUGCACACCCCCAUGGCGGGAUGUUGAAGAACCCUCAUUUGACAUGUCAUCCCCCCCUCCUCCCCCUCCUACAACCCCCACUCCCGUGUCUACCCUUCCCCCCACUUCCCCCUCCCUCCCCCUCCUUUCCUUCCCCUUCUUCUCUCAUACACAUAUCUUCUAUGUUUCUUCCAUGUGCUAUGCUGUGCAGCAACGGCGGGUGGGUGAUGCAUGACGAGGCGUGUGCACAUUACACGGACAUGGUGCAUCAGAUGGCCAUGGGGCACCGCUUCCUCAUGGCGACAUUCAACGUCACCCCGCGCAUCGCCUGGCAGAUCGACCCCUUCGGCCACUCUGCUACUCAAGCCAGCCUCAUCACUGCUCAGGCGGGGUUGGAAGCCGUGUUCAUGGGGAGGGUGGACCAGCAGGAAAAGGAGUCUCGUUUGGCCGCCAAAACAAUGGAGUUUGUGUGGCGGGCAGACGGGGCGACGCAGAGAGAAAACCAGGUGCUGGGAAUGGUAUCCUAUGAUGGUUACUACUCGCCCUCACAGUUCCGCUACCAGGACUCAGACGAUCCUUCUUACCGCAUUCAGGUACUCCCUCGCUCUCUCUGCUGCUCUGCACUCGCCCCUCUGCUGCAACGCACUUGCCCCUCUGCAGCAACGCACUUGCCCCUCUGCUGCAACGCACUUGCCCCUCUGCUGCAACGCACUUGCCCCUCUGCUGCAACGCACUUGCCCCUCUGCUGCUCUGCACUUGCCUCUCUGCUGCACAGCAAGCUUCAUGACAAUCCCUAUGGGGGGUCGCCCAACGUGCAGCGCCUGGUGGACGAGUUUGUAGCGGAAGUGACCAAGAGGGCGGAGGGCUUUAAGACGAAUCACCUGCUGUUCCCCAUGGGCGAGGACUUUGCGUUUGACCGCGCCAUCUUGUGGUUCAAGAACAUGGACAAGCUCAUUCACUACGUCAACCUGGACGGGAGGGUGAACGCGCUCUAUUCCACGCCAUCCAUGUAUCUGGACGCACUCCACUCUGCCAAUGCCACGUGGCCUCUCAAGACUGGUGACAUGUUCCCGACGAUGGGCCCUACUGUUCGGGCUACUUCAGAGGAGAAACCAUUGUCCGCAUAUGUUCUCGCGUUCCCCCCUCGUCCCCAUUCCCCUCCCUCCCUUCCGCCCACCCUCUCCCUCCCCUCCGCCCAUGCGCCCCUCGCCCCAGCUACCAGGACGACGGGCCCUACUGGUCCGGCUACUUCACAUGAGGACCCUUCUCCGCAUAUUUUCCCCCGUCCCCCAACCCCUCCCUCUUCUCCGUCCAUGCGCUCCUCGCCCCAGCUACCAGGACGACGGGCCCUACUGGUCCGGCUACUUCAGCAGCCGCCCCUCUCUGAAGCUCCUCGCGCGCUCCUGCAGCGCCCUGCUGCUGGUGCGCUGCCCUCUCAACCUGCUCAUUUGAUGUGGUGUGGUGUGGCCACCACAGCAGCAGAGGCAGCAGUGGGGAAGGAAGCGCUACAGGCAUGGGGCAUGGCGACGGGGCGCAUGAUGGUACUGGAGCACCUUGUGCUCGACACACACAUGGGCAAGACGACCAGAGACAGCCAGAAGGAGGAGAAGCAGGCGGAUGGGGGGGAGAGUGCGGGAGGGGUGGAGCGGAUGAGGGUGGGGUGGGAGAGCGAGCGGCGGGUGCGAGUGGCGAGCUCGUUCCGGUUGGAGGAGGCGGUGGCAGUGGUGCAGCACCAUGAUGGCAUCACAGGCACGGCGCAGCAGCAUGUUACCGAUGACUACUCUGACAGGCUGCACCGCGCUUCUGAGGAGGUGAGGGUUGCACAGAUAGAGGUUGAUCCCUUCAGUGCACGGGUAGAGACUGCUCCUGUGAGUGUAUGGCAUGGGCUAGAGGAGGCGGUGGCAGUGGUGCAGCACCAUGAUGGGAUCACAGGCACGGCGCAGCAGCAUGUUACCGAUGACUACUCUGCUCUGCUGCACCGCAUUGCUGAGGAGGCAUCAGCCGUGCUGACAGCAGCACUGGCGCACCUCAUCACGCGAGGGACCCUCCCCCCAUCCCCAUCCGUACCUCCAUCCAACCUCUCCUCCAACCUGUCCUCACGGGCAGCAGCAGCCGUGGAGUUCACAUUUAGGGAGGACAGUGUCGAGCAGCGCGGGUGGGGGUUCUGGAACCAGUUAGCAGAUGGGGCGGAGGAGGGGGACGAGGAGGAUGAGGAAGAUGAGGGGGACGAAGAGGGUAAGGCACGCAACAAAAUCGACAGGAUGAAUGAGUUAUUGUAUGAGGCGGAUAGAGCAGGUGCGGCGGAUGACGAAGAUGAGGGGGAUGAGGAGGCGGGCGAGGGAGAUGGUGGGAAGCAUGCUGCAAGGUCCCGUGCAAAGAAGAAAGUCCCUCACGUGACGGAGGAGGCAAUAUUUGAGUCGACUCAGAAAAAUUCCGGUGUGGAAAAGAGGGUUCCUGACAAGGAGGAGGAGGAGGAGGAGAGAACAAGCGACCCCAAUGAGGUGUUUGACCCUCAGUCGUUGCAGCCAGCUGACCCUCAAGCGGUCCAGAAUGGUGCUGCUGGCCGUGCUGCUGACGGCACACGGGCUGAGGAGAGGAGGGUGCAGGAGGUGGAGGAGGGGCAAUGCCCUCUGCUCAACAUCUCCUAUUGCCCUCCAACCGAAACACCCCUGCAGCCAGAUCAGACCCUGGUGGUGGUGGCCUUCAACCCUCUCGCGUGGUCCCGCUCUGAAGUGAUUCGAUUCCCGGUGUCAUCCCCCAAUCUGCUAGUCGCCGACGCCUCUGGCGCCCCCAUCCCCUCUCAAAUAAUCAGGGAGACGCUCGUCACCCCCGCCACCCGCUCCACCUACAUUGCUGCUUACACUGGCGUGGGGGAAAUAGUAGGAGAGGUGGAGGGGGAGGAGGAAGGGGUGGAGGGGGGGGAAGGAGGGGAGGAGGGAGCGGAGGAGGGGGAGGAGGGGGAUGAGGAGGAGGGCGGGGAGGGGGAGGAGGAGGAGGAGUGGGUGGAUUAUGGGGAUGGGCGAGGGCCGCAGCCGAGCCAUAAGCCGAAAAGGAAGCAUCGGGAGAGGCAGACGAAGGAGGAGACGGGGGGAGAGCAGAAGGAGGGAGAGCAGAAGGAGGGAGAGCAGAAGGAGGGAGAGCAGAAGGAGGGGGAGCAGCGGGAGGGAGAGCAGGAGGGAGAGCAGCAGCAGCAGCAGCAGCAGCAGCAGGCAGUGCUGUCGCUUGUGUUUUAUGCAGAGGUGCCUCCUCUUGGAUUCGCCACCUUCUUUGUCUCGCCAGCAACCCAAGGCGUGGGGGCCACUCGUGGUAGCGGUGCUGCUGGUGCUGGCACGGACGGUGGGGAGCGGGCUGCGUUGCGUGUCUCGUUCUCCAAGUCAGCGGUGGGCAUGCAGCGGAUGGAGCUGGUCUCUCGGAGUGCCAAUGGCACGGAGGAGGUUGUGCGCAUGGGCAUGGCAGUGAGUGCCAGCAUGAUGGAGUAUGCCACAUUCGCCGGCGGCGCAUACAUCUUCCAACCCUCCAAGCCAGCCAUGCCCAUCACCUCCACCAACGCCACCUACCAGGUGCCCAUUCACAUCCAGCGUGGACCAAUCGUGGAGGAGUUCAGCCGCCAGAUCACUCCAUGGAUCUCUGAGGUCUUCAGAGUGUAUCCAGGGGGGGACUACGCUGAGCUGCACUAUUCCGUGGGUCCGCUGCCCGCCAAGCAACCCAACCACGAGGUGGUGACUCGCUUCGUGUCGCCCAUCAACAGCAGCAAGGCCUUCUACUCCGACUCCAAUGGCCGCAGCUACCUCAAGCGGGUGGUGGACUACCGGUCUGACUGGGACCUCAAUGUCACCGACCCCAUCGCAGGGAACUACUACCCGCUUACGGUCGGGGCUUUCAUAAAGGACAAAGAAGCCCAGUUGUCCGUGCUUGUGGACCGGGCGGCAGGCGCUGCCAGCCUGGCAUCCGGCCAGAUAGAGGUCAUGCUACACAGGAAGCUGAGUUCGCUGGAUGGCAAGGGCGUGGGGGAACCGCUGCAGGAGAGAAUCGCACUGGGCAACAGGACCCGCUCCCUCACCGUUGUGGGCUUGCUGCGCUUUGGGCUGCAUCUUAACACAGGCUCUGAAGAAAGAGCAGGGGAGCACGAAGGGGAGCAAGGGGAAGAGCGUGUGGGGUUGGGGCAGGGAAGCGAGUGGAGGAGGCAGCACGCACAGCGCCUCCUAACCCCUCUGCAGCUCUCGUUUGCGGUUGAAACUCAGCAGUCCAUCAGGGCAGCACAAGGCAGCUACACGUGGCACUACUCCCUCUCCCAGCCAUCAUCCACAUCAGCAUCCUCCACGUCAGCAUCCUCCACGUCAUCCAGCAAGCCUAACAGUGCUUCAUCCUACUCGGUUCCUCCCAAUGUUGCUGUCAUCACGAUGCAGGAGCUCUCACCAAGCACGGUUGUCUUGAGACUAGCUCACCUGUAUCAACCCGGGGAGCAUGCUGCCUGGUCGCGUCCAGCUCAAGUGGACCUCCGAAGAUUGUUUGCAGCAAAACAG